AUGGAAAUAAAUAAAAAUAAAUUAAAGUGGGGUAGUAGUGGUGGUGGUAGUGGUAGUGGAGGGAUAUUAUUAGUUUUGUUGGGUUUAGGGAAUUUUAGGGAGGGUUUCAAAAUAGAUACCCAUAAUUUUUUAAAACCCAGGGGAACCCCCGGAAGCAUGUUUGGAUUCAGGGUAGCCGAACCCAAAGAAAGGGGAAAAAAUUGGGUUUUAAUUGGAGCUCCAGAAGCACAAACGAGGCAACCUGGAGUCACUAAAGGAGGAGCCGUGUUCAGGUGUGAAGUUGAUAGGGAUGAAACAUGCGAAGAAAUUUUAUUCGAUAGCACAGGAAACAACAACAACACUGACGGUAGGCAAAUAGAUAAAAAAUCAUAUCAAUGGUUUGGUGCGACAGUUCGAAGUUCUGGAGAAACUGGAAUAGUAUUGGCUUGUGCUCCAAGAUACGUUUGGUUUUCUACUACAACAGCAUACAGAAGAGAUCCCGUGGGUACUUGUUACAUAGCAAAAAAUUACUUUUCUGAAUUUUCCGAAUAUUCACCUUGUCGAACUCGUAAUUGGGGUUAUCACAGACAAGGAUCAUGUCAAGCUGGCCUUGGAGCAGACGUAUCAAAAAAUGGCAACAGAUUAUAUGUUGGAGCACCUGGAAGUUGGUAUUGGCAAGUAUGUAUGAAAUCGAUUUGUUAUAAAUUAUACAAAGAAAAAUUCAACAACAGCUUUCUUUAUGCUCAAAAUCCAAACAAAAGACCUGAAGUUUUGGCCACAUCUGAAGGUUCGCCUCAAGAUGAUGAUUCGUAUCUUGGUUAUUCAGUAGCUGCUGGUGAUUUUGAAGGAAGAGGAGAAGGUGGUGUAGCUGUAGGAAUGCCAAGGGGAGCUGGAUUAUUCGGAAAGGUGGUUUUAUAUUCAGUAAAUUUGACAAAUUUACAAAACCUGACAGGUCAUCAAUUGGGAUCUUACUUUUCGUAUUCACUUGCUGUAAUAGACGUCGAUGGAGAUGGUUUAGACGACGUUAUUGUUGGUGCUCCUUUACACACCGAUUUAAAUAACAAUGAGGGAAAGUAUGAAAACGGAAGAGUGUACGUUUAUUUUCAAGAACCAAGAAUCGACGAAGAUGGAUACUACAGCCGAUUUGUCAAGUACGAAUUUAGAGAUGGUAAAAACUCUAAGGGACGUUUCGGUCUUAGCGUAGCAGCUUUGGGAGAUACUAAUAAAGAUGGUUACGGAGAUUUUGCUGUUGGUGCACCGUAUGAUGGUGCAGAAGGUCGUGGAGCUGUUUACAUAUACCACGGUAAAAAAGGAGGAGUAAGGGAAAGCUAUUCUCAGGUCAUAAGGGCUGAAGAUUUAUCGGUGCCAACGUCGACAUUUGGAUUCUCGAUUGCCGGUGGUCUCGAUAUGGAUAACAAUCAGUAUCCCGACAUGAUUGUUGGUGCCUACGAAAGCGACACAGCAUUAUUUUUCAGAUCUCGACCCGUCGUUAAAAUGGUCGAUGCAAGAGUUUCAUUUAAUUCAAAGACGAAGCAAAUUAGUUUGGAAGAAGAAAACUGUACUCUAAAGGAUUACUCAAAAGUUCCUUGCAUUUAUCUUCAAGCUUGUUUAAAAUAUAAUGGAGUUGAAGUAGAUAAUCAAUUAGACGUUGACUUGGGAAUCGCCUUGGAUUCGAAGAAACCCAAAUCUCCAAGAAUGUUUUUUUUAAAUGAAGAAGGAAAAAGUAUAAAAAAUGAAACGAUACGUCUUACAAAAGGAGAAUUGAGCUGUCAAAGUUAUUAUGUCUAUGUUAAGCAAAACAUUCGGGACAAACUUACUCCUCUCGAAGCAGAACUCAGAUACAAUGUGAAAGACAGCCAAGUAUUCACUGGAAGAAGGUAUACAAGAUCCUUAUCACCGGUUUUGGACGCUAAUGAAGUUAAUAUUCAAAAAGAUUCUUUAUCAAUUCAAAAGAAUUGCGGACCGGAUAAUAUUUGCAUUCCCGAUCUUCAUGUGACUACCAAAAACGUUUCGAAAUACCUUUUAGGUUCCGGAGAAAGAUUUACACUUGAUGUCCAAGUAGAAAACAAAGGAGAAGAUGCAUUUGAAGCAAUGUACAAUCUUCAAGUUCCACCGGGAAUGAAUUACAUAAAUAUUGAAAGAUUGGAUUCUGAUCGGAAUAUACCCGUUCAAUGUUCUGCUCCCAGUGCAAUGACUAACAACACCCUUAAAUGUGAUAUUGGAAACCCGUUGCCAAAAGAAAAAAUGGUACGAUUCAAAGUUUUGUUACAACCUUUUCACCGUGAAGGUAUGAAAUCCAGUUAUAAUUUUGUUAGUACUGUGAAUAGUACUAAUCCAGAAGACGAAUUAACUGCGGUUGACAAUGUGGAAACAUUUACAAUUCCUAUUUGGGUGGAAACUGAUCUUAUUUUGCAAGGAUCAUCACACCCUCCGGACAUACAUUACAAUAUGAGUCAUUUUGAUGGAAACAUUCGAAAUGAAAACGAUAUAGGGCCUCAGGUAUAUCAUGUUUAUAAUAUUCGAAAUAAAGGACCCUCUGAUAUUUUGGAAGCUCAAACAAUUUUUUUGUGGCCUAGCUAUACGUUAUCAGGAGAUCAUUUAUUAUAUCUACUGGAACAGCCUGAAGUUAAUGGAAAUGUAAAAUGUGAAUACGUAGAAAAUGUCAAUGAAGAACGAAUCGAAUUAGAUCGAAAAAGAAAAUCAUUUUUACACUCGGCAGCUUUUUCGGCAGCUCAAUUCAGCGAGGCAAGCGGAUCAGGAGUUUAUUCAAGUAGCAGAGGCGGUUCCGUUGGUCGAGGUGGUGGUUCCCGAGCUUACGAGUCAGCAAGAGGACAUGUUGAAAAAAGUGAGGAGGAAAGAAAAUUUGUAUCUGGUGGAUCUGGAGAAUCAUCCUAUUCCCCGUCGAAAACUUCUACCGAUAAAAAGAUUUAUCAAAUACAAGGAAGUAGAUUUGGUAAUGGAACUCGAACUUAUCAGAUUUUAAGCAAUGGCACAACAGUUUACGAAACUCAUUACGACGGCAACAGUCAGGAUGCAAAUUCCAGGAAAGCUGCAGCCGCAGCAGCAGCGGCAGCGGCUGGAGCUGCUGCCUCUGCUGCGUCUGCAUCAUCGUCGAUGUCAUCGUCUGCGUCUUCGGGUACAACUCGUUCUAAAGAAUCAUAUGCUGGAGAGUCUGCUUCUCAUCAUUACUCAACUCAUUACAAUUACUACACUAAUUCAUCUUGGGGUUCUGAUGGAAAACCAAAAGUGGAUAGUUCAGGACGGUGGUACGUCAAUAAUAACGGAACAGUUCAUUCGGGAUCUUCAGCAUACGAUCAGGAGAAUAGAUACUUGGAAGAAGGAGCUCGAAGAUAUGAUGUUGGAAGGGCACAAAGUUUAGGCGCACAAUAUUUCAACGAAAGUUAUUUCGAUUCAUCCCGAGGAGGAUCUCAGGAUUCAUUCAGAGAUAAAAAUAUUGAUCCCGAUUUAGGAUACUCUAGAUAUUAUAGAACCCGUGGAGAACCUCUUAUUCAAAAUUUUGUCGACGAUAACGAUAUGUAUAAAAAUUAUGCGGCUGAUAAAACUUACGAAAGAAGAAAAAGAAGUUCAACUUUAAUAACGAAGUACAAACGACAAGUAACGGAUAAUUUCGAUUUGAAAUCUUCAUUGAGUUGUGGGCCGACAAAUUGUACUAAAAUAAUGUGUACGGUAGGCCCUUUAAAAAAAGGUCAAGAAGCCUGGAUAGCAUUUAGAGGACGAGUAUGGAUCGGUUAUCAAAGAGAAAUAAUGCUUUCAUCUCUUUUGGCCAGUCAAGUUACCAAAUUGCCACACAUAGGUGAGCCACACAAUGCCAAAGUUGAAACCUACGAGGUUUUUUCAGAAAUUAUGCCUCAGGAUGUCACUGUAAAACCGGAAGUUGUUCCCUUAUGGAUCGUUGUUUUAUCUGCGUGCGCGGGAACACUUAUUUUAUUAUUAUUAAUAUUUUUGUUGUGGAAGCUUGGAUUUUUCAAACGUAAUCGACCAUCGAACGCACCUGAAAAGCAACCUUUAAAUCGUAACGGAUACAGCGCAGGAGACGAACAAUUGUGA